AUGAGUAAGAGCGAGGGAUGCGAACCGUCAGUUACAUUUCCGAUAAAGCCACCUGGUCCACCGAAAGUGUGGAAAAUUGUCGAGAUUAAAAAAAAGGACGCGGAUGUACCGAUAAGAUUCACCAUUCAAGAGGUACCGGAAGACAGGUACGAAGAGGUGAUAGAACACAUGUGCAAGUAUUUCAUUGUCGACGAGCCCAUGUCUAAAUGCAUAAACGGGAUAAACGAUCCUGAAUACGUGGAAACAUUUCGAUAUCUUUGGGACAAAUUUAUAAAAUGUGGUUUGUCCAUCGUAGCGUUUACAGAGAAUCCAGAUGGUGGGAAACCUAUAAUCGCAGGAGCUAACAUACUUAUGUUAUCAUUCAAGGAUGAGAUGUUCGAUAUUGAGAAAACUAAGUCAGAGAAAGGGAAUGCUGUGAUGGCUCUUGUGGUAGAAUUAAUCAAACAAGCAAAUGUGUUUGAAAAAUAUGGGGUGAAUAAAUAUAUGAACGCCUUUGGCCUUUCCGUAAAUCCAAAGUAUCGAGGAGCCUCUCUGGGUGCUCACCUUCUUAGUGCCAGGGUGGAAAUAGGUCGCGAAUACGACAUCCCGGUAACAGUCACGGCAUUUAGCUCGCCGAUUUCACAGAAAUUGGCCGAACGAUGCGGCUUUGAAACCCUGGUUGAACGAAAUUACGACGAAAUUGUGGAUGAGAAGGGAAAUUUAGUGUUUCCAGGAAUCAAAUCGAAAGCCAUGAAAAUAAUGGGCAGGAGGCUCUUUUAACAUAAACGACGUAUUACAAAUUGAAUUAAAAAUAUGACAUUUAGUAGUUUAAUACCAAUUAAUAAGUAUCAAGAUAGGAAUAGUGACAAAAAUAAAUGAAAGAAAUGGGAUCCCUUGUAACCCGUAAGAUAAACAAUAAAGGUACUAUCCCAACAUAGUGCAAGAUAUGAGUAACGAAGCAGCGCUGUUCACUUCCGGACAUAGCAAGGGGGACAAGACGAGUAAAUUAUCUGACAAUAGGACAAACGAUCUCAAUUUGCGUCAGCGGAAAGCUUUAUUCUGCCGUUUGGUACGUGUUAAGCAACAGAGUGAAAACGAAUACAAUUUUCCACCUCGUUGCUGAAAUCGCAGAUUUGCGGCAAGUUUGUAAGUAGUAAAAAGAAAAGAAAAAAGAAGGAAACAGAUUCGCACGCGCCGUAUCAAAGUUAAUGAAAAACACGUUGACGAGACAGGCGGCAUUUAAAAAAGUCCUUUGUCGUUCGUUGGAAGUACGUUGCCUUUGUCAGAUACGACACGUACCGAAUUUCAAUAGUCAAGCUAUGCGAACCCAUGGCUAACUGUUUUAUCAUCGUUGCACACCGAUAUGCGGGUGGACGCACUUCCGCCUGUUCUGAUAAGCAGCGACAUUCGAAUGCAUCCGAAAUACGCGUUACGAAAUUCGAGCGACCCAGUCUCGUGUUUCGGAUAUAGGGGCCACGGAUACCUACCUAAUUCGAUACAUGUUCGUUAACGGGAUUGUCGCUCGACGCUCAAUCGACAUCUAUCGCGAUAAUUAACGGCGAGCAAAUAGUCAUUUUCCAACCUCGUCCAUCCACCGUUCUCUCUAUUUAUUCCGGUCUGUGCGCGUCUAUCGAGACGCGCUUCCUCCUCAACCUACGCCCUUUCCUCUUCCCGAUCGUGUAGGUAAUGCACAACGCCAAGUCGAUAAUCUUGACGAAUGGAUGUUCGUGGCGUGGGACUGGGGAACGUUGAUUCCCCGAUACUGCGAAUGUCAGCUUCCAUCGAGCCACGGGUGAUCGUUGCGCCUCGAGUACGAAUGUUUUGUACGUGUUACCGAUAAAUUCUCUUUGAGACAGAGAUUGAAAGGAACAGAGCCGGAUCGUCGUACAACGUUUUAAGAGUCACGCGUGUUCCGACUAUAUGCAAUUUUUACAAACAUCGGAACAUCUGUUGGGAUAUUUAUGGAUUCCUCCUGUGAAACUGUAAACUUUCGAUGAAUUGUCAUAUCAUGGAGUAAGGGAAAGAGAAAGGGAGAGAAAGGAAGAAAAAGAGCAUCCGUUUGUAUCGUAAAUCGUACCUAAAACUUUGAAAACUCUUUUCAAAUUUGUGAAAUUUCUACGUAAAAUUUCUAUGUAGACGUAUAACGUCCGCUUUCUGUAACCAUAGCAAAUGGAUGAGAAGCGUAAAAAUUAGAUUCGUCGAUAGAUAAU